UGAUCUGUAGGUUUAAUGGAGCUGUUUUGACAACUGUUCCUCCAGACCAGCAGGUGGCGCUUUAACAUUUACUGUAUCCUGUGUAAAACAGGUCUGGUGCAUGGUCUGGUGCCAAAGUCUGUUCCCCGACCAGGUGUUGUUUCUCUCCUGUAGGACGAGUGUUUCUCCCUAUAGUUUCUGAUCCGUGGUUGGGUUAAGGUAGAUCACCCUGAUGAAGGCCCUGCGGUGAAACACAUUAAAAUAAAGAAGGUUCUUCCAGUUCAUCAACUUUCCUACAGAGAGAGUCGGAGAGGUGUUUUUCUCCCGCUGAUGAGAGCACUCUCGCUGCAGUCAUGCUUCCCCGGGUCGGUAAAGAGUUUCUGGUCCGGAUACGAUUCAACUGGCAGCCAUUUUUCCGGGGCCGGGCCCUGCUGAUCACAAACACCCUGAGCGGAGGAGUCAUGCUGGGGACGGGAGACAUCGUGCAGCAGAGCUGGGAGAACUUCAAGAAGCCAGGCAGAGUCAGAGACUGGAGGAGGACAGGUUUCAUGUUUUCAGUGGGCUGCUCCAUGGGCCCACUGCUGCACUACUGGUACAUCUGGCUGGACGGAGCGUUCGUGGGUAAAGCUCUAAAAACAGUUUGCAAGAAGGUUCUGGUGGACCAGGUGGUCGCCUCACCGUUUUUGGGGAUGUGGUAUUUUUUAGGUAUGGGUCUCAUGGAGGGACACACUUUGGCCGAAGGUUGGAAGGAGUUUACAGACAAGUUCUGGGAAUUUUAUAAGGCAGACUGCUGUGUUUGGCCUGCAGCUCAGAAAAUCAACUUAUACUUUCUCUCGCCCAAAUUCCGUGUUGUCUACAUCAACUUCGUCACCCUAGGGUGGGACACCUACCUUUCCUACCUCAAACACAGAGAUGAGAGCCACCCCACUGAGCUGGUAUCAGACAGCAGUGCUGCAGAUGUACAGCAGGAAACGCUCCCACCACCCAAACCUCUGAAGGAAAAGGCUUAGAGACAGAGUUCACACUCAACUGUGAAGUCCCUCAUUGAGGCAAAAGAACAUUUUGCUUUUUUAUCUGUUUAAACUUAUUUUUUGCCUCUGCAUUUGUAAGACUGUAAUAACAGAUGGUGUUUUUCCUCCGACAAACCGUUCCUCUCUCAAGAACACAACCGUGUUUCAAUCUGGACUCUAAAGAGUUGUGGAUGUGUAAUCGGAAGUGCUGGAACACUUUCCCCGUCAUGUCUGUAGAGUUUUAAUGUGUCUCCGUCUCAUUUGUCAGUUUAUUUAUAUCUUAAUGAUGUGCACUCCUGCAGGAACAUUCAGGGAUGGAAAGCUGUCUCACUGCCUGUCAUGUUAAUGACGGUACUGGUUCUCUUUUUUAUCACAUCCUGAGUGAGUGUUACUGCUGCAUUAACAAGACUUCAGUGUAAGUCCCCGUAGAUGAGAGGUAGAUGAGAGUGUCUGUAAUGUGAAACUCGCAUCGUUGUUGCACUCAAAGAUUUAAACUGUCUUGACAUCCAACCAUCCAAGUGUCAUUCCUUUUAUUCGACAUAUUAUAUAUUUGACAUGAUAUUAUAUAUUAUAUAUAUAUAUAUAUAUAUAUAUAUAUGAUGUGAAAGAGCUGUUAUGUUUUUAUAACUAUUACAUUAACAAGAACAAACAUUGCCUUAAUAUAUAAACCUGUGCUGUGCGCCCUUUUUAAUGCCAAAUGACCCUGUGUUCAGUUUGUCCCUUUGAGGUAGCUAUAAAAACAAAUGCCUGAUUAUGAUUUUGUGUUUAAAGAAAAUGUAGAACAGGAUUAUUUUUAAAGAUCUUCUAUUUUUUUGUUAUAUUAAAUUGAUUGUGCAGCUGUAAGUGGAAACCUGAUCCAAGACUGCAGUAGUUUUAUACUGGUGACUGUACAUGUGAAUAUCUCCAGCUGCCAAUUUAUGACUAAGGCAGGUUUAGUUUUGGCAGGUCAGGUGAUUAAUCAGCUCAGUGUAUAACUGUGUGUGUGUAUAUCUUUAGUGUUGCUGCUGUGUUUAUAUAACA